GUCAACACCACUUCCCCACAGAUAACGCCGGUGCACAGAUGCUCGCUCCACUUUGGAAUUAGCAUGUUUGUCCAGAGCCCUUUGCAUAAGUGCAAACAUGAUUCGCUGUUCAACUGAAGACACCUGGUGCACCACGUCUUUAAUCACUCAGAGCUGCUUGUUGUUCAUCACUGGUGGGUCAGAAGAUGAAUAGUUCCCGUUCAGACGUCUGUUGUGCCUUUGAGUCCCCCAUCCUGGACCGGGUUCUGCCUCCAGUUCUGAUCCUGGAGUUCAUGUUUGGAUUAAUGGGGAAUUUCUUGGCUCUGGGGAUGUUCAUCUUCUACAUGGACACCUGGAAGCCCAACUCCGUGUACCUCACCCAUCUAGCGGUCGCGGACUCCAUCGUUCUGUUCUGCCUGCCCUUCAGAGCAGACUACUACCGGCGUGGGAAGGACUGGAUCUACGGCGACAUCCCGUGCCGCAUCCUGCUCUUCCUCCUGGCCGCCAACCGUGCGGCGGGGAUCUUCUUCCUCACUGCCGUGGCCGUCGACCGGUAUUUCAAGAUCGUCCACCCGCGGAACCCCAUAAACCGCCUGGGCCUGGGCUACGCUUUGUGGGUCUCUCUCGGCCUGUGGGGGUUGAUUUUUCUGGCCACCGGGUAUCUUCUCGCCAACGAGCACUUCUUCUACAACAGCAACCGCACCCAGUGCGAGAGUUUCAACAUCUGCAUGGGCUUCACGCCGCUCUCCACCUGGCACAACGCCUUUUACGUCAUCCAGUUUUUCCUGCCGACCGCCAUCGUGGCGUUCUGCACCAUCAGCAUCACCUGGCAGCUGCGGAACAGGACUCUGGACAAACAGGGGAAGAUCAAGCGCGCCGUUCAGUUCGUCGCGGCCGUGGCUGUCAUCUUCAUCACCUGCUUUUUCCCCAGCACCGUCUCGCGCAUCGCCGUGUGGAUCCUGAAGGUGUGGCACGACGAGUGCAGACAUUUCGAAGAGGCCAACCUGGCCUUCUACACGUCCGUGUGCUUCACCUACUUCAACAGCGUCCUCAACCCCGUCGUCUACUAUUUCUCCAGCCCGGCGUUCAGCGGCUCCUUCAGAAAGGUGCUGAACAAACUGCUGGGCAGGAGCGACGAGGAGCCGGCGGACUCAUCCGACAACAAGGUGUCCACCGUGGACCGGGACGGCGUCUAG